GAAGUAAACAAGGCCCGGCCUUCCCUCCUCCCCGCCCCCUACCCCAGGCCUCCAGUACCUUCCAGGAGGCUCUGGGCCUAGGAGAGGGAGAAGGGAACCGCCCAGCGCUGUGGCGCAGCAGGAAUUCAGCUCCGGCCGGGCCUGAGGGAAAAGGGGGCGCCUGGAGGGGGAUGCCCGUGUUUACUUUCGCUCGGGCGCCUCAUCCUUCCCGGCGGCCUGUGAGGAGGGGCGGCGGCCCCCGAGCCCGGCGCCUGCGGCCUUCCUCACGCCGCCGCCGCCGCCGCGUAUAAGAAGCCGAGGAUGCAGCUCUACAGCACCAUCGUCACUCAUUACACGGCGUCAGCGGCGAGCGGCGCGGCGAGCGGGCCGGGCGUCGUCUUCAAGGUCUCCCCUUCGCCGGAGCCCGCGGGGCAAAGUCCGGUGGGAGUCGAGGGCGGCACCGGAGGCGGCGGCGGCGGGACUUCGAGCGCCGUGGUGGGAGCGGGCGCCACCGCCGCCAUGCCCGCCUUCUCCUGCCUGGAGCUGCUGCCGCCGGCGGGGCCUGCCCAAAGGAAGCCGCCGCAAUGCUACAGCUCCGCCGCGCAGAUGAUCCGCAGGAGGCUAGUCCCGCGCCCGGAGCCCGUCGGCAUGGCGGCGGAGCUGGGCCCGGCGCCGCACAGCCAUCAGUGGCUGCUGCUGGAGGGCGACGCGGCCGCCGCCGCCCAGCCCAGCUUGCCGCCGGAGCCCAACGCCUGCUUCAGCGAGCACUGCCAGCCCGUGCCGGCAGCAGAGUCUCGGCCGGCCUGCCAGGCAGCCUCCGCCGGCGCCUUGGAGCAUGGCGGCGGGUGCUGCUGCCGCCGGCGGGAGGCCGAGCUCGAGGGUGCCGACGACGAGGACAGCCCCUGCCAGGCGCGCCCGACGAAGCUGGCGCUGUACCUGGCCGAGGUGGAGAAGCAGGACAAGUACCUGCGGCACGAGGGCCGCUUCCGCUUCCACAUCAUCCCCGACGGCAACUGCCUGUACCGCGCCGUCUGCAAGGCCGUCAACGGCGAGCAGCGGCUGCACGGCGAGCUCCGCGAGCAGACGGUGCACUACAUCGCCGACCACCUGGACCACUUCAGUCCCAUCAUCGAGGGCGACGUGGGCGAGUUCCUCAUCAACGCCGCCCAGGAUGGCACCUGGGCGGGCUACCCGGAGCUGCUGGCCAUGGGGCAGAUGCUGGAUGUCAACGUCCACCUCACCACCGGCGGCCGGCCCGAGAGCCCCACCGUCGCCACCAUGACCCACUACCUGGGGCCCGAGGACCCUGGGCGCCGCAGCAUCUGGCUGAGCUGGCUGAGCAACGGGCACUACGACGCCGUGCUGGACCGCCAGUGCUCCAAUCCGGAGUACGAGGAGUGGUGCAGGCAGACGCAGGUGCAGCGCAGGAGAGACGAGGAGCUGGCCAAAUCCAUGGCCGUGUCUUUGUCGAAGAUGUACAUUGAGCAGAACGCCUGCUCCUGAGAUGGGCGCCGCGCCGGUUGCCCGCUGCCACGGUGCCUUCAUCGCUCUGCAUCCAGCACUUGCGCUUCAGACCGAGCAAGACCUUGAAAAGAACAAACCUAGGCUGAGAUUUGUAAUGAGCACUUGUAUAUAUUCGGGUUACCUACAAUUCUGUUCUUUUGUAUAUGUUUGUUCUGUUUCCAGUACACGCUUUUCUAAAAGUUUUUCCCCCUUUGGCAGAAUAUUUUUUAGCUUGUUAUCUCUGUCUGUUACCACCAGAAAUGAGUUAAUAAGAGGAUUAUGGUGUUUUGUUUUUGCUAAUAUGGCUUGUAGCUUAACGCUUGUUUUAUGCCGCGUUUCUGUCAAAUGGGAGGAAGCGUGUUAUUCUACUGAUUUUCACCGCUUUUCUUAUUAGAUGAAAGCAAAGAACUUCCAGGCCUCUUUUUUAAAAAAAAUUAAAUACGCAGUUAACUUUGAA